AUGGGGUGGCAUCCCCAGAACCCGCUGGCUAGAGGCGAGGACAGACGGACAAGGAUGGACAGAUUCCGGAUGACCGCUGGCCCAGUCUCCCUUCUGGCAGCUCUGGUCCUGCGGCCGGUUCAGGCCCAACCCUGUUUGACCCAGAGGAAGCCGUGGCUGGUGGGGUUGGGAGCCAUGCUGGCCGCCCUCUUCCUCCUCUUCAUCCUCACAGUGGUCUACGCCAUCUGGUGCAGCCAGUCCCGUGACAGCAAGAAAGAGAAGGAAGAGGGGACUGUGAGAGAAGAGGAGAAAGAAGCAGAGGGCAACGGGGGGCUGGAGCUGGAGGAGAAAGGGGGGCCUCCAAACCACGAGAGAGUGCAGAGCUCCUCUGAAUGAAGGCUUCCCACCUGCCGCCUCCAGGCAGGCCUCCCAGGGAUGCCCAAUGCCUGUUCUGCACCCUACAAGCAAAAAGCUGGUCCUGGGGCCAGGGAAAUGAUGCCAUGUGGGGUUCAGAUGAAGUAUCCCUGAGAGGAGGGCUCAGG